CGGAGCCGGGGCGCUGCGGGCGGCGCUGGCCUCGGCGGCGGCGAGGGCGCCAGUUAAGCAGAAGCUGUCUACAUUCUCAACAAGAGCUACAUAAUUUGCUGCAGUGUCACCGGAAUGCACCUGAGAAUAGUGCUCUGAGCAGUCCGUGUUGGCCAUGUUGUACUGUAGCAGGUGAGCCAUGUCUUUCCAUUCUGGGCGAGGAUGUCCCCGUGGCCAGGGGGGACCAGGAGCAAGAACUUCGACCCAGACGUACCGCCCUCAGAACCUCCGGCAGCUUCACCCGCAGCAGCCCUCCGUGCAGUACCAGUAUGAGCAGCAAACUGCCCCCCCAACAACCUACUCCAGCCCUCCAACCACUGGUUACAUGCCUCCCAGGCCAGACUUCGUGCCCUAUCCUCCUCCAGUGCCCCCUUCCACACAAAAUCCCAUCAGCCAGUGUCCCAUGAGGCCACCAUUUCCGAACCACCAGAUGAGGCAGAGCUUCCCAGUGCCUCCGUGUUUCCCUCCCACUCCUCCGCCGGUGCCGAAUCCUAGCAACACUCCCGUGGCAGGAACACCUGCUGGACAGAGCACCUUUCCUUACAUGAUGCCUCCCCCCACAGUACCGCACCCUCCCCCGCCGCCAGUCAUGCCCCAGCAGGUCAGCUACCAGCCCGUGUACUCGGCGGGGUACUCGCAGCAGUCGUUCCCGCCGCCCAGCUUCAACAGCUACCAGCACAGCUCCGGCUCCUUCCCGAGCAGCGCUGCCAGCGGCAGCGCCGGCAGCAGCCACUUCCGGCACGCGGGGCAGUACCAGGGAGAGAAAUCCCAGAGCGACCGGCGCUCCCCAGACAGGAGCAAGCACUACGAUGAGCACCGGCACCGCGAGCACGGUCACAUUCACGGCGACAGGCAUCGCUCCGCCAGCCACGGGGAUCGCCGCGAUCGUGGCCGCAGUCCGGAUAGGAGGAGGCAGGAAAGCAGUCGGCACCGGGCAGAUUAUGACAGAGGAAGGAUGUCACCUCAUCACAGAAGUUACGAGCGAAACAGGGAGCGGGAGAGGGAGAGGCAUCGGCACCGUGACAGCAGAAGAUCACCAUCGCCAGACAGAUCCUACAAAAAGGAUUACAAGCGAGCAGGAAGCCGGUCUCCAAGCAGAGAGAGAAAGAGAACCCGAUGGGAGGAAGACAGAGAAAGGUGGUCUGAGAACCAGAGCUCCAAUAAAGAGAAAAAUUACACUGCUGUCAAAGACAAGGAGUCAGAAGAGAAUGCAUCUGAAAAAAAUGAAGAGGAAGAUGAGGAAUUGCUUAAGCCAGUCUGGGUUCGCUGUACCCAUUCUGAAAGCUAUUAUUCCAAUGACCCUAUGGAUCAAGUGGGGGACUCUACUGUGGUAGGAACAAGCAAGCUGCGGGAUCUGUAUGAAAAGUUUGAUGAGGAGUUAGGAAAGCGACAGGCAAAGGCCAAAGCAGCCAGGCCACCAUGGGAGCCACCAAAAACCAAGCUGGAUGAAGAUUUAGAGAGCUCCAGUGAGUCAGAGUGUGACUCUGAAGAUGACAGCAGCUGCUCCAGCAGUUCAGAUUCGGAUGUUAUUGACGUCAUUGCAGAAAUUAAGCGUAAAAAAGCACACCCUGAUCGUCUCCACGAAGAAUUGUGGUACAAUGAUCCAGGACAGAUGAAUGAUGGACCUUUGUGCAAGUGCAGUGCUAAAGCCCGGCGAACAGGAAUAAGACAUGGCAUAUAUCCUGGCGAAGAGCCCAUUAAACCAUGUCGCCCCAUGACCAACAAUGCUGGAAGACUAUACCACUACCGAAUUACUGUGUCACCUCCCACAAAUUUCUUAACAGACAGACCUACUGUUAUUGAGUAUGAUGACCAUGAAUAUAUCUUUGAAGGGUUCUCCAUGUUUGCACACGCCCCACUAACAAACAUUCCUCUAUGCAAAGUAAUCAGGUUUAACAUUGACUAUACAAUUCAUUUCAUCGAGGAGAUGAUGCCUGAGAAUUUUUGUGUGAGAGGCCUUGAACUGUUCUCUUCAUAUCUAUUCAAAGAUAUUUUGGAAUUGUAUGACUGGAAUCUUAAAGGUCCUUCACUUGAAAAUGAUUCUGUUUCUUGUCCCAGAUAUCACUUCAUGCCGCGGUUUGUGAGAUUUCUUCCAGAUGGAGGAAAAGAAGUACUCUCAAUGCAUCAGAUUCUCCUCUACUUGUUACGAUGCAGUAAAGCUCUGGUGCCUGAAGAGGAGAUUGCCAACAUGCUUCAGUGGGAAGAACUGGAAUGGCAGAAAUAUGCAGAAGAAUGCAAAGGGAUGAUCGUUACCAGCCCUGGCAUGAAACCCAGCUCAGUUCGUAUUGAUCAACUAGACCGCGAACAAUUCAAUCCUGAUGUAAUUACUUUCCCUAUUAUUGUGCACUUUGGGAUACGACCUGCUCAACUCAGUUAUGCUGGAGAUCCUCAAUACCAAAAGCUGUGGAAGAGUUACGUGAAGCUGCGUCACCUACUGGCUAAUAGUCCCAAAGUCAAACAGGCUGAUAAACAGAAGUUAUCACAAAGAGAGGAAGCGCUGCAGAAGAUUCGUCAGAAGAACACAAUGAGACGUGAAGUGACUGUGGAGUUGAGCAGCCAGGGAUUCUGGAAAACAGGGAUACGCUCUGAUGUCUGCCAGCAUGCAAUGAUGCUUCCUGUCCUCACCCACCAUGUCCGCUACCAUCAGUGCCUGAUGCACUUGGACAAAUUGAUAGGCUACACUUUUCGAGAUAGGUGCUUACUGCAGCUUGCCAUGACUCACCCAAGCCAUCAUUUAAAUUUUGGGAUGAAUCCAGAUCAUGCCAGGAAUUCCUUAUCCAACUGUGGGAUUCGACAACCCAAGUAUGGAGAUAGAAAAGUUCACCAUAUACACAUGAGAAAAAAAGGGAUAAACACCCUGAUAAAUAUUAUGUCCCGUUUGGGACAGGAUGAUCCAGCUCCUUCCAGGAUUAACCACAAUGAACGUUUAGAAUUUCUGGGAGAUGCUGUGGUGGAGUUCUUAACAAGUGUCCACUUAUACUACCUGUUUCCCACUCUGGAGGAGGGAGGAUUAGCUACGUACCGCACUGCCAUUGUGCAGAACCAGCACCUGGCCAUGCUGGCUAAGAAGUUGGAACUAGAACGAUUCAUGCUCUAUGCUCAUGGUCCAGACCUUUGCAGGGAGUCAGAUCUCCGCCAUGCCAUGGCCAACUGCUUUGAAGCCCUAAUAGGAGCUGUUUAUCUAGAGGGAAGCCUAGAAGAAGCAAAACAAUUAUUUGGGCGUUUGCUCUUCAAUGAAAAGGACCUGCGGGAUGUAUGGCUUAAUUAUCCACUACACCCACUCCAACUGCAGGAGUCCAAUACUGACAGGCAACUCAUUGAGACCUCUCCAGUUCUUCAAAAGCUUACGGAGUUUGAGGAGGCAAUUGGAGUCAUCUUUACUCAUGUUCGGCUUCUGGCACGUGCAUUCACUCUGAGGACAGUAGGCUUUAACCAUCUGACUCUAGGCCACAACCAGAGGAUGGAAUUCCUGGGUGACUCCAUAAUGCAGUUGGUAGCCACUGAGUAUUUAUUCAUACAUUUCCCCGAUCAUCAUGAAGGGCACUUAACGCUGUUGAGAAGUUCUCUGGUGAACAACAGGACACAGGCCAAGGUGGCAGAAGAGCUGGGCAUGCAAGAGUUUGCCAUCACUAAUGACAAGACAAAAAGACCUGUAACUCUUCGAACUAAGACUUUGGCUGAUCUCUUGGAAUCCUUUAUUGCUGCCCUGUACAUCGACAAAGAUUUGGAAUACGUUCACACUUUCAUGAAUGUUUGCUUUUUUCCACGGCUAAAGGAGUUUAUUUUAAAUCAAGAUUGGAAUGACCCUAAAUCUCAGCUUCAGCAGUGCUGCUUGACUCUCAGGACAGAAGGAAAAGAGCCGGACAUUCCUCUUUACAAGACCUUGCAGACAGUGGGACCUUCUCAUGCCAGGACAUACACAGUAGCUGUUUACUUCAAAGGGGAAAGGAUAGGAUGUGGUAAAGGUCCAAGUAUUCAGCAAGCAGAAAUGGGAGCUGCAAUGGACGCACUUGAAAAAUAUAACUUUCCCCAGAUGGCCCAUCAGAAACGGUUCAUUGAACGGAAGUACAGACAAGAGUUGAAAGAAUUGAGGUGGGAAAGAGAGCAUCAAGAGAGAGAGUCAGAGGAGACUGAAGAAGCAAGGAAAUAAGAGGAGGGCACAGAAGCAGUGGCAUAUUUACUUACUUAAUAACUCUGACUGUGGCCUAUGGAGACCUAACCUAGUUUCUUGCAGAUGAUGAAUGAAGAGUGCCUGUUGAUAUAAAAAAGAAAACUGUAAUCUCUUCCUUUUAAAGUGUGUGCAAAUAUAGUAUUUCUUUAGUUUGGUUUUGAGUUUGGCUUUUUAAUAAGUUUUGGGUUUAAGCCCCUUUAAUUUUUAUGAAAAAUUGUUGAUUAUUUUUAUUAUUUUUUAUUUUCUUGUAUGAAGUAAUAAAGUAUUAAUUUCAAAAGCUAAUAGGAAAAG